AUCCGGCGCGCGGCAGUCUCGCGGCCUGUGUUUCAGUGCACACUCGCUCCUCAAGAAAAGAGCGGGAAAAUAUUUAUAUAAAAUUAAAUAGGUAGUGUAGUGUUUUUCGACUCUACGAAAUGUCGCGAAAAAAGAAACAAGAAGAUAAAUAUGACAGCGAAGCCUUAAACUCUGAAAUGGAGGGCGAUAACGUCAGCAAAGACGGGGGGGCCCUGGAAGCCAAGAUGUCCUUGCUGAACGGGUGCACGGUUAUCGUCGGCUCCAUCAUCGGAAGUGGAAUCUUCGUAUCGCCAACCGGAGUCCUCAAGUAUACAGGUUCCGUGAACGCUAGUCUUCUUGUUUGGAUUGCCUCGGGAGUUUUUAGUAUGAUCGGCGCCUACUGCUAUGCUGAACUUGGGACGAUGAUCAGGCUGAGCGGCGCGGACUAUGCUUACAUCAUGGAGACUUUUGGACCGUUCGCCGCUUUCGUGAGGCUCUGGAUCGAGUGCAUGAUUGUACGGCCUUGUUCGCAGGCCAUAGUUGCAUUAACAUUCAGCGUGUACGUGUUGAAGCCUCUGUUUCCGGAGUGCGACCCUCCCGAAGACGCGACCAGAUUACUUGCGGCUUGCUGCAUAUUGUUGCUGACCUUCGUGAAUUGCUGGUCGGUACGCGCAGCUACUUUGGUACAGGACUGGUUCACGUACGCCAAGCUCCUGGCACUUUUCAUCAUCAUCGCAGCCGGGAUCUAUCAACUGUGCAGAGGACAAGUGGAACACUUCACGUUUGAGGGCACAACGUCGGAUGUCACUUCCAUAGCUCUAUCGUUUUAUUCUGGAUUAUUUGCCUAUAAUGGAUGGAACUACUUGAACUUUAUAAUAGAGGAGUUGAAGGAUCCCGUCCGCAACCUGCCCCGCGCCAUCGCCAUCUCGUGCGCGCUGGUCACCAUCGUCUACACGCUCACCAACGUCGCCUUCUACACCACGCUCUCGCCCACCGAGGUGCUGGGCUCAGCAGCGGUAGCAGUAACGUUUGCCGAGCGCUUGUUCGGUUGGUUCGCCCUGUCCAUUCCGUUGUUCGUAGCCGCCUCCACUUUCGGAGCUGUUAAUGGUGUUCUGCUGACUUCUUCUAGGUUGUUCUACGCGGGCGCCGCGCAGGGCCAGAUGCCGGCCAUGUUGACGAUGGUGACGUCACGCGCCACGCCCGCGCCCGCCGUGCUGGCCGUGGCGCUGCUGUCGCUGCUCUACCUCACCGUCUCCGACAUAUACGCGCUCAUCAACUACGUCGGAUUCGCUACCUGGUUAAGUAUUGGAGCCGCGGUACUCUGUCUGCCGGUGCUGAGAUACACGAAGCCAGAUCUCGAUCGACCCAUUAAAGUUAACCUGUUCUUCCCGGUGAUCUACAUCAUCUGCACGAUCCUGGUGGUGGCUGUACCGGCGGUGGCGUCCCCGGCCGAGACCGGCAUCGGCUGCCUCAUGAUAUUCACAGCUGCGCCGGUCUACCUGCUACUCUUGCACCCUAGGACUAGAAUUAACUUCCUCGCUAAUAUUAUGCACGGCGCAACCUACUUGGUACAAAAGCUAACGCUCUCCGUUAGACCGAAAACGAAGUGAACAAAAUCGCCUUGGGAAAGAACAUAUCCUAACAAAGUGCAAGGUUAGCUCAUUACACGCGUAUCAACAAGUUUGACUGUCUUUAACAACAACUAUAGUUCUUGCCAAACAUCUCUUUUAUAUCGAAAGUCAUUCCUCAGCUUGUUUUUUAAGCUUGAACUUAUUUAUUUACACGUUUUUAUAUUGUUUAUUUAAGUUUUAUGAAUAUUUUAAUUGUGGUGUAUAUUUGGAUGACAUCAUGUUGCUAGCACUGACUUUGUAGAACAUUUGUAAGUGCGCGCCUUAUAUUAUUUAGAAAAAAAUAUAUAUAUGUUUUUUUCUUAUCCAACAUUUAAUAGCACAUCGUCCAGGAAUAAAUUAAUGGUCGUUUUUUUAAAGUAUUUUUGUUUUUUUAAAAGUUUGGAUUAAGAUUUAUAAUUUUAACUCUUAAAUCUACAACUACGCGUCUGUUACUACGUAAUAAUGUAUUAAAUGGCAAUUAAAAAUAAAAGAGACGCUUGAAAUAUUAAUUUUACACAAACGAAUAUAAGAGUUAAAUGUAUUCCAAUACAUUUAAGAGUUAAGAUCAGAUAUAGUUUUUUGCGUGGAUAUGAUCAACCAUUAAUAUUAUCUACACAAAUAAGUUAACAGGUGCGUGUGAAAUGAACUAAUCGAUGACUUUAGUACGAAAACGACUUAGAAUAAAGUUUAGAGGUGGGAAAUUAUUGGAAAAGAAAAAGGCAGUGAACCAUGCGCCUUAAAUCUUAAUAUAGAGAUUUAUGUAACCUUGUCUUGCUCUUACCAUGAAAUAUUAUAUACAAAAAUGUGAUAUAUAAUAAAUAAAAACUU